CUUGAUCUAGCCUCACUGGAAAAGGAUUUACAGCAGUUGCUUACGACAUCGAUAUUGAAAGAUUCCGAAUAUUUGAAGCUGUGUGUGGAAGAUAAUUGCCGUCUGCGGAAUGAUAUAUUUCUGCCUUAAUAUUUAAUACUACGCCAAAUACAGCUGGAAACGGGGUAAUAUUCACUCCUUUCCGCCUUUACGCCCCAAGCCUCACACUCGGCGCCACACAACAAACAAACUCGCCGCACACCGCAUCCAAAACUUUCGCCAUGGCUGGCAAAGCGCGUAAAGAUCUUGCCAAGGCAAACGUGGCCGCACUCUCAACCCUCCAUAUCGGCAGUCUCGUCUUCAAUGGCGCCUUCAUCGUCUUCAGCCUCAUCUUCCGCUCCCGCUCACUCGUCACCUACGCCGUACUGUCCAUCCCGGCCUUCGCUUGCCAGUACAUCCUCGAGUCCAGCGGUCGCCCAAAGUAUACUACGCUGAAUGGGAAGUCCAGCCUUAAAUCUGCUGGGGAGGACUUGGCCGCGCCGGGACUGACCGAGUACCUCUUCGACGUCGUGUGGGUCACGUGGGCAUGCUUAUUGGCUGUUCUUGCAUUGGGGGACAAGGCAUGGUGGCUGUUUGCCAUUGUUCCCGUAUUUGGGCUGUGGAAGGGCUGGGGACUGAUCGGUGCGGCGAGGGGGAUGCUGGGUGGUCCUCAGGGUCAGCCACAGGGCGGGGAGGAGCAGCAACAGGCAGCUCCUCAGAACAGAAGGCAGAGGAGGAUGGCGGCAUGAGAGUGAAUGUUCCAAAGUCAAUAUGUAUAUAGCAUGCAUGAUAUCGAGUGUAUGAUAAUGAAUCAAUGAGUUGAACCUCAUCUGAAGCCAUAGCAAAUACGGGACAGGGAAUGGUGAAAUGUGUACUCCGAACUCUACUGGACGCGUGGGGG